AUGCGAAAUGACAUUCCUGUGCGCAUCAUCGAGAAGCAUGGCGAGCACCAGAUAGGUUCUCGCGGCUUCGGUAUUCAGGUGUGCCUCUAUUUGUUGAGCUUGGACGUCAAGCGUAACCUUUGCUUGCCACAGCCACGCACCUACGAAUUAUUCCAGAUUUUGGGUAUUCUAGGCGAUGUCAGCAAGCACGACACGCCUAUUCCGACUUUCCGCGCGUACAAGCCUGGUACGAACGAAGUUGCCAAGGAAUGGACCCUAUAUCUUGACCGAAAGUCUUGGCCGGAUCGCCCUUUCGUACGCACUCUCACUAUAUAUCCUGCCAUCGAAAAUCAACAGCUGACAGCUCUGAAGACCAAUGGUAGGUGCUUGCAACAGGAGACACUAGUGCGUAUCUUCGCGGCACAGCUCGAGCGCCAUGGAGUCAAGGUCGAGCUGUCCACAGGUCUCGUCGACCUCGAGCAGAAAGAGGACCGUGUAAUCGCUACCACCGCUAUAUUUCAGGAUAGCCUGCUGACAGGCAACACCGAACUCAUCGAAUGUCAGUACUUGGUAGGAGCUGACGGAGCGAAGGGCGCAACUAGGAAGCUGCUGAAUCUGAGCUUUGCGGGAGAGAAUAGGGAUGCAGACGGCGCGGUCUGGGGAGACGUUGAAAUUGAUGGACUUGAUAACGGAUGGUGGCAUGCCUACGGUAGACCAGGAGAGUGGUCAAUGAUCAUGCGUCCCAAUCAGAUUGGACAAGGGAAUUUGUUCGAUGUCGGCAUAACUGGUCAGAAUUUCGAUCCCGUCGACUUCGGCAAGCCUGAGGCGGCUGAGAAAUUCAUUCGCGAGCACACAAGUUGGCCAAAGUUGGCAUUUGGAAAAUGGCAUUGGCUUUUGUAUCACAAACCAAACAUGAGAAUGGUAGAGACAUUCCGUGCCGUCAGAGUAUUCGGUAUUGGAAAUGCGUCACACGUGCACUCAUAUUCCGGCGGACAAGGCGUGAACAGUGGUAUCAUGGACGCUGCAAACCUUGCGUGGAAGCUUGCGCUCGUCAUGAAGAGUCUUGCGGACUCUUCAUUGCUCGACUCCCUCAAUCAUGAGCGUAUCCCUGUCAUCAGUCAGAUGCUGGCAGCUACUACGCAGCUCUAUACACACCUGAUAUCGCAUCUCAAGCCGAAAGAAUCUGCAGACGUUGCAGCGGACGCAGAGGACGACACGAGGUCCGGUUGGAUGCGCUGGCGGAACGAUGCCCUCGGGUUCUUCGGCGUUAACUGCCGAUAUAGCGACAUCGUCUUGGACGAACAUACUCGGACGCCACUCGACCAAGACGAUGCCCUUGCUCGUUCGUAUGUUGGAUAUGAGGGUACUCGGACGCUGCGUGCCGGUGACCGCGCACCCGGUGCAUCUGGGCUUAUCCUUGGAAGCAAGGAGACAACGCUAUUCGAAUUAUUCAGUACCCAUCGGCACACUUUGUUGAUCUUUGCCCCACGCGGUUGGCAAGACUACGCACGGCAGUUUAGGGAUGCGGCUCAGCAUUAUCCCCAAGGAGUUGUACAAACGUUUGUCGUUACACGCGAGAGCGGAACACCUCACGAAAAGGCGAUUGUACUGGAGGACAGGGAUGGCUCCGCACAUUCUUCUUGCUUGGUUGGGGAAGAUGAAGCGGUAACUGCGGUGGUGCGGCCGGACUUAUUCGUGGGCGCAUUGGUUGAGGAUGUGGAAGGCCUGCACAUAUGUUUCGGAAAGACCCUAAAGACAUGAUCAUCGCUGUAUGCUGAAAAUCUUCCUUGAAAAACAUUUUCU